AUGGCUGAUGAUGCUGCUGAAAUAUUAUUUGUAGGUGGAAUUGAUGAGACAUUAGAUGAAAAGAGUUUGUAUGACAUUUUUUCAUCAUUCGGUGAUAUAAGGAAUAUAGAAAUUCCUGUGAAUGUAGUUACAAAAAAAAACAGAGGUUUCGCAUUUAUAGAAUACGUAGAAAAAGAAGAUGCCAAACACGCGUUAUAUAAUAUGAAUAAUUUUGAAUUGAAUGGAAAGAAAAUUUAUGUAAACUAUUCCAAAACUAAAAAGAUGGAUCAGUAUAAACCAGUAUGGAUAGACGACUUGUAUAACCAGGAACAAAUGAAAUUAUUGGAAGAGGAAAAUUCACACGUGGAAAACGCUGGAAAGGAUAUUUCUAAUGAGUAA